AUGUUUAAAGUUGCAUGAGAAUCGGUUGUUCUACGACUAAGCGCUUUAAAGCACGAGUGUAGAUCUUGUAAAGAUCGAAUGUUAUUCGAUGUCAAUAAUAGUUCACCUGGAGGAGACGUUAAUGGAGCAACCUCCCCUUCGAACUGUAAUUUGAGUACCACAAGAUUUUGAAUCAAAAGUUAUACCUUAUUCACACUGUUAAUGGAUUAAUCAGUAUCCUACAGAUUACUUCACUAUAUUUUGAUUCAUGAUAGUAUUUCCACAUUAAGAAAAAUUUUUGCCUCAAAUGUUAUACCCAACACCUGUACACUUGAUGCUAAUUUUAUUGGUCAACCAAUCGGUGUAACGUUAGGAGAUAAGAAUAAUAUCACAGCAAAUGGCUUUCAAAAAAAUCACUUCAAAGAUAGUUCAAUAAUUAACAAUAAACUAGUUAACAGUAAACAAUACAACACGCGAUAAAGUUGGUUCUCUUGAAAUCAAAACUUGUUACUGCUGAAGAUAAGCUCAGAGCACACACUAAUCGUAUAUUGGACCAGUUCCAGAUUUAGUCUAAGGAAAUUUUAUUUAUAAACUUGGGAUAAGUGGAGACUAGUUGAAAAUUACAUGGUUGCACAUUCAAUUUUACGAGAUUCAACCAAUCUGCGGCAAUUUGAUUAUAAUAAGUCUGUUGAACGGCAUAAACGAUAUUUUAAUUAGCAACUGUGUAUUACCAGGAUAAUAGCAUCAACGGUGGGAUUAAAGGCUUUGUGAUCAAAAUAAUCCAUUAUAGGAUCAGGCUACCGUUGGCUGCCAAACCCAAUGUUUAGCUAUAUCAGAAGUCAUAGUGACUAUGGAGCAUUCUAAAAGUACUUGUAAAUCAAGUAUUAUUUGAGCUAUAUACAAAAUUGUUAGAAAUAGAAGAAUAUUCAUGUGGAUUGAAUGGAUUUCAGAGUUCUAAUAAAAAGUGUUGUUUCACUGUGUACACUCACAGAAUCUUCUAUGGUACUGAAAUAAGAACUACCUUUGUAAUGAUAUUUGAAUACGUCUUUACUAAAUGAAAUUAUAGCAAUUGAUUUCAUAUUUCAGUCCAUAAUAUACUACAUUGGAAGACUUGUUUCAGACUUGCGGGGCGUCUUCGAUAUCACAAGAUAAUGAAUCUACCUACUUUUAAAUGGUUAACUACAUUACUUGUGUGCACAUUAGAUAGUAGUGAAAGAUCGUACGAAUGCAACUAGCCAGUGCAGAAUUAGCCAGCAGAAUGAGAGGACUGAAACAAGUGUUAUUGCUGAUUGUCUGUACAAUCGUGUUAACCACUGCUCAAUACAUAGAUGACUCGGAUUACGAGGACUAUGGCUCAUACGAAGAACUGAUACCACAUACGCUGAUAAGAGAACAGGCAAAAGGACGGGUCAAGCCUGCACAAGAAGAUCUUUACCUAAUUAACGACUACGAAGAAUCUGCGUCUCAAAAUGACGUGUACUCUAUAAAUGAUGAAAUAGAUUUGGUUCUCGCCAAUAAAGACGGAUCACUUGAAAUGAUCCAACGACCCUACAAACAACCAAAAUGGUUUCAAACACCAGCGAAAAUUUAUCAAUACACAAAGCAUCGAAUUCCUGGUUACGAUUACGAUGAAUUAGAUUUUAUGGGAGGUAGAAGAUUCGAUAAAUGUGACUCAAGAUCUGUUUGGUCACACUGUGUUUGCCAAUUUACAUGUUCGAAUCCGAGUGAAGUUGAUUGUUAUAUGCCAUGCACAAGCGGAUGCGAAUGUAAAGAAGACUUUGUUUUUAACGAAGAUACGGCACAAUGUAUAUUACCAGAAAUGUGCGCAAACGAACAAAAUUUCGAUAUUAUUGAUGAAUAAAAUGUGAUGUAUCAUCGAA